UUUAAUUUAGAUUCAUACUUUACAAACAAAAGAUCUUAUGCAGAAAACACACUUGCAUCACAUUUUACUCUCGGUACAAGCUCAUCCUCUGCGCGAGAUAGUAAUUAUCCUCAAAUACUAAAAACUCCAUUAUCUGCUGGAAAUCCCCAGAGACCAGGUUAUAAAAGUUGGACACUGCAAAUGGAAUAUUCAGCUACAUCCUCAUCUGCAGUUUCUGCACACUCUCCAUCAGUUAUUGUAGCUGUUGUAGAAGGGAGAGGACUUGCCAGAGGUGAAAUAGGAAUGGCAAGUAUUGAUUUAAAAAGCCCACAAAUUAUAUUAUCUCAGUUUGCAGACAACACAACAUAUGCAAAGGUGAUCACUAAACUCAAAAUUUUAUCACCUUUGGAAAUAAUAAUGUCAAAUACUGCCUGUGUUGUGGGGAAUUCAACCAAGUUGUUUAGUCUCAUCACAGAAAAUUUCAAGAACGUUAAUUUCACUACUAUCCAAAGGAAAUACUUCAAUGAAACAAAAGGAUUAGAGUACAUUGAACAAUUAUGCAUAACAGAAUUCAGCACUGUCCUAAUGGAGGUUCAAUCCAAGUAUUACUGCCUUGCAGCUGUUGCAGCUUUAUUAAAAUAUGUUGAAUUUAUUCAAAAUUCAGUUUAUGCACCAAAAUCGCUGAAGAUUUGUUUCCAGGGUAGUGAACAGACAGCUAUGAUAGAUUCAUCAUCAACCCAAAACCUUGAAUUAAUAAUUAAUAAUCAAGACUCUAGGAGCAGUCACACACUCUUUGGUGUUCUAAAUUACACUAAGACUCCUGGAGGAAGUAGAAGACUUCGUUCUAAUAUAUUAGAACCUCUAAUUGAUGUUGAAACCAUUAACAUGAGGUUAGAUUGUGUUCAAGAACUGCUUCAAGAUGAGGAACUCUUUUUUGGACUUCAGUCAGUUUUAGCAAGAUUUCUUGAUACAGAGCAGCUUCUUUCUGUUUUAGUCCAAAUUCCAAAGCAAGACACGGUUACUGCAGCGGAAUCAAAGAUAACAAAUUUAAUAUACCUAAAACAUACCUUGGAACUCGUGGAUCCUUUAAAGAUUACUCUGAAGAACUGUAACACACCUUUAUUAAGAGCUUACUAUGGUUCCUUGGAAGAUAAGAGGUUUGUAAUCAUACUUGACAAGAUUAAAACAGUAAUUAAUGAUGAUGCAAGAUACAUGAAAGGAUGCCUGAACAUGAGGACUCAGAAGUGCUAUGCAGUGAGGUCUAACAUAAAUGAAUUUCUUGACAUAGCCAGAAGAACAUAUACAGAGAUUGUAGAUGACAUAGCAGGAAUGAUAUCGCAGCUUGCAGAAAAAUAUAGUCUUCCUUUAAGGACAAGUUUUAGCUCUGCUCGAGGAUUUUUCAUUCAGAUGACUACAGAUUGUACAGCCCUACCCAAUGAUCAGCUUCCUUCAGAGUUUAUUAAGCAGAUUUCUAAAGUGAAAAAUUCUUACAGCUUUACAUCAGCAGAUUUAAUUAAAAUGAAUGAAAGAUGCCAAGAGUCUUUGAGAGAAAUCUAUCACAUGACUUACAUGAUAGUGUGCAAACUGCUUAGUGAGAUUUAUGAACAUAUUCAUUGCUUACAUAAACUGUCUGACACUGUGUCAAUGCUGGAUAUGCUCCUGUCAUUUGCUCAUGCCUGCACUCUUUCUGACUAUGUUCGGCCGGAGUUUACUGAUACUUUAGCAAUCAAACAUGGAUGGCACCCCAUACUUGAAAAAAUAUCUGUGGAAAAACCUGUUGCCAACAAUACCUAUAUUACAGAAGGGAGUAAUUUUUUUAUCAUAACUGGACCAAAUAUGAGUGGGAAAUCCACAUAUUUGAAACAGAUUGCUCUUUGUCAGAUUAUGGCCCAGAUUGGAUCAUAUGUUCCAGCAGAAUAUGCUUCCUUUAGAAUUGCUGAACAGAUUUUUACAAGAAUAAGUACUGAUGAUGAUAUUGAAACAAAUUCAUCAACAUUUAUGAAGGAAAUGAAAGAGAUAGCAUAUAUUCUACAUAAUGCUAAUGACAAAUCACUCAUAUUAAUUGAUGAACUUGGCAGAGGUACUAAUACAGAAGAAGGUAUUGGCAUUUGUUACGCUGUUUGUGAAUAUCUGCUGAGCUUAAAGGCAUUUACACUGUUCGCUACACAUUUCCUGGAACUAUGCCAUAUAGAUGUUCUAUAUCCUAAUGUAGAAAACGUGCAUUUUGAAGUUCAACAUGUAGAGAACACCUCAAGAAAUAAAGAAGCAAUCUUGUAUACCUACAAACUUUCUAAGGGACUUACAGAAGAAAAAAAUUAUGGAUUAAAAGCUGCAGAGGUGUCGUCACUCCCACCAUCAAUUGUCUUGGAUGCCAAAGAAAUCACAAGUCAAAUAACCAGACAAAUUUUGCAAAGCCAAAGGAGUACCCCUGAGAUGGAAAGACAGAGAGCUGUGUACCAUCUAGCUACUAGGCUCGUUCAAACUGCUCGAAACUCUCAAUUGGAUCCAGACAGUUUACGAACAUAUUUAAGUAAUCUCAAAAAGAAGUAUGAAGCAGAUUUUCCCAGGGCUAAACAAGUUUCAGGAAACACUGAAGAAUAAUAGCAACUCACAUCUUAUACUAAUGAAAUAAUAUGUCUUAAUAUGAGGAACCUAGAAUUCAUUUUUCCCAAGAGCAAA